AUGUCAUCGUCUGUUCAUUUCAAAUUCAAGUCCCAGAAAGAACCCUCACGGGUUACCUUUGAUGGCACUGGUAUAUCUGCCUUCGAGCUCAAGCGAGAGAUCAUCAGUCAAAGUAGAUUGGGUGAUGGCACUGAUUUCGAGCUGUCCAUCUACAAUGAGGACACCAAAGAAGAAUACGAUGACGAUACUACCAUCAUACCCCGAUCGACAUCGGUCAUCGCUCGUCGAUUACCUGCAGCUCGCCCUGGAAAAGGUGGCGCAGCUCGCUAUGUCUCUGGAAAAAUGCCAGUGAACGCCCGCAACGCAUCCCGAACCGAACCCUCGAACCCUCGAAGCGCACCUGGCUCUGGACAAUCGGUCAACAAUAAUGUCUUGGAGCUGACGAACGCGCAAACUGAGGAGGAGAAGAUUAAUGCUCUCUUCAACCUACAGGCGAGUCAGUGGAAAGAACAACAACAAGAGAUGGCUAAUGCCACUCCUGUUCCGUUUGGCCGCGGUCGAGGGAAACCAGUCAAUGUUCCCGAUCACCCCCCACCUCCUGGGUAUCUGUGCUACAGAUGUAGAGAGAAAGGUCACUGGAUUCAGGCCUGCCCAACAAACAAUGACCCAAAGUUUGACGGCAAAUAUCGGGUUAAAAGAUCAACUGGCAUUCCGCGAUCCCUUCAAACCAAAGUUGAAAAGCCCGAAUCUCUUGCCCCCGAUGGCUCCAGCGACGACUCAAGGAAUACGGGGGUCAUGGUGAAUGCGGACGGGGAUUUCGUCAUUGCGAAACCAGAUAAGGCAGCCUGGGAACUGUAUCAGGAGAAGCUGAAGGCUUCGGCGGCGGCGGCGGCAGAGGCUGCAGCGGUGGAGGAGAGUAGAGCACUGCAGGCUCGGGGUCUGGAAUGCCCGAUUGACAAGAGAAUGUUCCUAGAGCCAACGAAGACACCAUGUUGUCACAGAACAUAUUGCAAUGAUUGUAUCUCAAAUGCCUUGAUUGAAAGUGACUUUGUCUGCCCUGGUUGUGCUACUGAGGGAGUUUUGCUUGAUAAUCUCACCCCGGAUGAUACGGCUAUUUCCAAAAUCAAGGCCUAUGAGGCAGAGAAGAUGGAAGCGAAGAAGGAGAAGGAGAAGCAACCCCCAGCCCAGUACGAUCCAGCGGCCAAUGAAGCCCCGGAACAACAUGACGCAGCUUCGGAUUCUGUAUCACAGGACCAAGCUCAACCCAACGAGGAAGUGAAUGACACCUCUAGUCAAUCAAAGAAGCGACCAGCUGAGAGUGAUAUAGCCGAGGGAUCUGACAGCUCUGGUGUUGCCAAUGUCUCUAAGAAACAUAAAGGAGAUGACCACUCAAGCCCCAAGCCCAGUCCCAAUCCCACUUCCACUCCUGAUCCUGCUCCCACCCCCAACCUCAAUUCCAAUCCCAAUUCUAAUCCUAAUCCUAACUCCACUCACAAAGAAGCCGAGAACGGGACACCGGUGCCUCCGAACCCAAUGAUGCCCUUCAAUGGAUUUGGUACAAUGCCACCUUUUGCUGAUCCUAGUUUCAAUAACAAUGGGAUGGGCUUCAUGAACCCGAUGGCUAUGCCCAAUGGUUUUCCCAACGCAAUGGGUCCUGGCUGGAACCCGAUGAAUAUGCCAUUCAACCCAAUGCAGCCGGGCAUGUUCGGUGACCAGGCUAAUGGUUUCCCCAAUAUGUUUCAAGGUGAUCAAUCUAUGCCUAUGUUUCCAAUGGGUCAGAUGAACCCAUCUAUGCAGAACCCCGGAUUCCAAGGCCCAGGAAUGAACGGCUUUUCGAACCAGCAGCGAACAGCAUUCAGUGGUCCCUAUUCACGGGAGGAGGACUCACCUUAUUUUCGUCAGCCGGUAAAUCCUCAACGUCAUCAGGCGAGGAAUCGAAGGGUGCGUCCGAGUGAUUACCGUGAACUGUGA